AAUUCCCCAAGCUCGCACGCGCGCGUGGAAUUAACGGUGACUCACUCACCCCCUAAACACCGGAAUAAAAAAAAAGCGUAUCUUUAUCUACGCCGGCGACCGGCGUCGACGAGCUCCAUCAGCAAUAUCUUUCCCUUUCCUUUCUCCAUCGACGACAGCAGUCCGGAUUUCCUAAUUUUGUCCCGACCUCCAGCUCAGCUCAGCUAGGCGCGCCGCCUCCAUGGCCGCCAAAGCUAGCAGCUGUGUUCUGCAGCUUCUGCUUGUGCUUCUGCUCGUCGUCGUCGUCCUCGCGGGGCAAGCGGCGGCGCGCGACAGCCUGCCGCGCGGCGGGUCCAUGGCGGUGGAGGACCACGCGGCGGACGUCCUCGUCUCCGCCGACGGUGCCUUCGCCUGCGGCUUCUAUGCCGUGUCCCCGACCGUCUUCACCUUCUCCGUCUGGUUCGCGCGUGCCGCCGACCGCGCCGUCGUCUGGAGCGCCGUCUCCCCCACCCGCCGCCUCUUCGUCCACAGCCAGGGCUCCCGCAUCUCGCUCGACAAGCGCCGCGGCGCGCUCACGCUCACGGAUUACGACGGCGAGCUGGUCUGGAACUCCUCCACCGCCGCCGAUCUCGGAUCAGCCGCGAGGCUCCGCGACUCCGGCAACCUGGUGGUGGAGGACGAGAAGGGGAAGGUGCUGUGGCAGAGCUUCGACCACCCCACCGACACCCUGCUCCCCACGCAGCGUCUAAUCGGCAGCGGCGGCGGCGGCGGGUUCGGGCAAGGGCUCGUCUCCUCCGGCUCCGGCAGGGCCCCGCUCGCCGCCGGCCACUACGGGUUCCGGUUCAGCGACUACGCCAUGCUUUCCCUGGUGUACGACGACGGCCAGGUGUCGAGCAUCUACUGGCCCAACCCUUACUUCAGCUACUGGCAGAACAGCCGCAAGAUCUACAACUUCACCCGCGCCGCCGACCUCGACACCGCCGGCCACUUCCUCUCCAGCGACAACGCCACCUUCGACGCCGCUGAUCUCGGGUCCCCCGCCGCCGGAGAAGGAGUCGGGAGGCGACUCACGCUCGACGCUGACGGCAACCUCCGCCUCUACAGCCUCCAGCAGCAGGACCAACAAGAAGCAGCCUCCUCCUUCUCCGGCUCCGGCGGGGCGAUGACGUGGGCGGUGACGUGGAUGGCUUUUGGGAACCCCUGCAACAUCCACGGCGUCUGCGGCGCCAACGCCGUGUGCCUCUACUCGCCGGCGCCGGCCUGCGUCUGCGCGCCCGGCCACGAGCGCGCCGACCGCAGCGAUUGGACCCGAGGCUGCCGGCGAUUGUUCAGCAACUCCUCAAUCGCCAGUGACCGUCAAAUUAAGUACGUGGAGCUGCCGCACACCGACUUCUGGGGAUUCGACCUCAACAACAGCGAGUACCUGUCGCUGGACGCCUGCCAGGAGCAAUGCUCCGGCGAGCCGUCGUGCGCCGUGUUCCAGUACAAGCAGGGCAAAGGGGAGUGCUAUCCCAAGAGCUACAUGUUCAACGGCAGGACCUUCCCCGGCCUGCCCGGCACCGCAUACCUCAAGGUGCCCGCUGAUUUUGAUGUGCCGGAGGUGAACGUCCAUCAAUGGCGGACCAAUGGCGUCGGCGCGGGCCUUGCCAUCGAGGAGAACAUUGCGCGAUGCAAUGAUGGCGCGAUCUUACCUGAGGUCUUGCUCAACGUCUCCAGUAAGUCGACGAGCGGCAAUCCGGGAAAGUCGUUGUGGUUCUACUUCUACGGGUUCUUGUCGGCCUUCUUUGUCAUUGAGGUGUUUGUGAUAGCGUUUGGGUGCUGGCUCUUCUCCAAGAACGGAGUGCUGAGGCCGUCGGAGUUACUUGCUGUGGAGGAAGGGUACAAGAUCAUCACUAGCCAUUUCCGGGCGUACAGCUACUCGGAGCUGGAGAGGGCAACCAAGAAGUUCCGCUGCGAGAUCGGCCAUGGCGGUUCGGGCACCGUGUACAAGGGGGUCCUGGAUGACGAGAGGACGGUGGCUGUCAAGGUGCUGCAGGACGUGAGCCAGAGCGAAGAGGUGUUCCAGGCCGAGUUGAGCGCCAUCGGCAGGAUUUACCAUAUGAAUUUGGUGAGGAUGUGGGGAUUCUGCUUGGAAGGUGCGCACCGGAUUCUAGUCUACGAGUACGUCGACAAUGGGUCACUGGCGAAUGUUCUGUUCCAGAAUGCUGGGGAAUCUGGCAAGUUCCUAGGAUGGAAGCAGAGGUUCAACAUCGCACUCGGCGUGGCGAAAGGGUUGGCAUAUCUUCACAAUGAGUGCCUAGAGUGGAUCAUCCACUGCGACAUGAAGCCGGAGAACAUACUGCUAGACGGCGAAAUGGAGCCUAAGAUCACCGACUUCGGCCUGGCAAAGCUUCUCAACAGAGAUGGGUCCGAUUCAGGCAUGUCCCGGAUUCGAGGAACAAGGGGGUACAUGGCACCUGAGUGGGUCUCAAGCCUUCCUAUCACCGAUAAGGUCGAUGUGUACAGCUACGGCGUGGUGCUCCUGGAACUGAUCAAGGGUAGGAGGGUCUCGGAUUGGGUGGUGGAUGGGAAAGAGGGGCUGGAAACUGAUGUGAGAACCGUGGUCAAGAUGAUCGUCGACAGAUCGAAGAGCGGCGAUGAAGGAUGUAUUAUGUACCUGAUGGAUGAACAGCUGGAUGGUGAAUUUAACCAUGUGCAGGCUAAGAUGAUGGCUCAAUUGGCAGUCUCAUGCUUGGAGGAAGAUAGAAACAAUAGGCCUGGCAUGAAGCAUGUAGUGCAGAUGCUUAUCUCUGCAGAUGAUGAAUCCAGAGAUCAUCAGUAUCCAGAAAUUUGAGCUGUGUCCAGUUUAUAUUGGAAGUGUAAAUAUACAACGAUCUUCAUCACAGUAAAUUAUGUAUUGGUAAAUCCAUGAUAGGAUAAAUUAAUGCAGAGAUAUACAGAGGUAAUUUUUGAAGUUUUCCUGUUGUAAAUGUAAGACCGGCUGCACUUGGAUUAGUCCUGCUUGCUGAAAUCUAUUGGUUUGUCAGUGAUAUUAUAGCUGAUUUGGGGGCA